UAACCGAAAAGCGCCGGUGAUACAGGGGAAAGUUAACUUAAUAACAUUAAGUUAAAAUUUCUAAUAUAGUUUAUACGAUGCUGUGUGAAGUUGAGCCUGAUAUGGAAGAAGCCCAACUGAAAAAGGAUGUGAUGGAGAAGGAGGCAGAGGAUGAAGGAUUGGAGGAGUUAGAAAAACUCGAACAGACACCAAGCAAAGAGCAAAUCAAUCUCCAGGCUUCCCAUCUAUCAGAGCAGAAGGCUGAAAUGGACCCAUAUGAAUGUCCUGCCUCAUACAGUGAGAACUCGGUUCAAGAGAAGCUGUUGGUGUCCAUGGCGGAAAACCUUCACGCUCAGUACUCCUAUCUGUACCCUGAUCGCAAACCGCUGCUGCUCUGCCCAGUCAAUGAGUUAGGAGUGCAGAAGUUUGUGAGCACCACACUGCGGCGGACGCUGAUGCCGUACCGCGAGCUGUAUGACUGGCAGGGCUGUGCUAGUUUCGUCUCUGACUUUUUAACUUUGGAGCUGCUGGAUUGUCCAACUGAAGUGCCAAAACGGCUCUGCUCUCCUGCGUGGGUGGUGCGGACUCGAAGAGGUACGUGUUUUGAUUUCUCCACCUUGCUCUGCAGCAUGUUGCUUGGCGCAGGCUACAACGCUUACUGUGUCAGCGGCUACGCUGUCAAAGAGAUGUGCCUACUCGAUCUGAGCCAUCAGGAAUGUCCAUUACUCAGACCUCAGGACACGGAUGAAGGGAAGUCACCCGAACAGAAGGAGGAACUGAAGUACAAGGUUAAACCUGCACGAGAACUGAAAAGUACCUUCGAGCAGCGUCAGGAGGACAAAAAACAGCAGAAACUUCAAGCAUUGUUCCUUCAACAGCAGGAGGCCGCAAGAUUAAAGGAGGAGCAGGAGCGUCCUAAAGAUCCUCUGUGGGGUCUCCGGAUUCACAGCUGGGUUCUGGUUCUAGCAGGCAAACGUGACAUAUCAGAGAACUUCUUUAUCGACCCGCUCUCGGGCCAGAGGUUUCCAACAUCUAGCUCGAGUUUCCUUGGCAUCGAGAGCGUCUGGAACCACGAGAACUACUGGGUCAACAUGCAGGACUGCCGCUUGGGCUGUAAGGAGAUGACAUUUGACCUGCAGGAUGUGCUGAAGUGGGAGUACAUGCUGUGUGGCCCCAGUAGCAGCUCACUACUCGAUGCUACAGGAGAAGAGGAGCAGAACGAUGAGGAGACAGAAGAGAAUAAGCUUUUUGAGAUGCCUGGGUCUUGGGUUUCACAAAUCCACAUCUCUGAAGAAGAUAUGGAAGGUCGUUUCCCUGGUGGGUCGAAGGUUAUCCGUUACAGGAAGGCCACGCUGGAGAGCUUUUCCCCUUAUCUCCAGAAAGAUGGAUUAGUCACAAGACUCACUACUUAUGAUGACCUGGAAUGCACUCAGAUCGACACAGUGAAGGAGUGGUAUGAAAACCGAGACGAUGAGCUCCAGGAGAGGGAACUGAAGAAAGCCACCAACGUCACUACAGAGCGAUUCGCACCAGGAAGGCGCUUCUGUGUAAAAACUCACAGGUACGUGACUCUGGUCCCUGAAACAGAGCGUCUCAUGGAGUUCUACAGUAAAGCACGAGACGAUAACUUGCUUAGUCGAGUUGAGACGCCGAUGGAAAUGACCGAGACGUUUCAGGGCCGUCCUGAUUUCCUCUACCACCGACAUGUUAUUUAUGAACCUGUCAAGCUGGCUCCAGAAACUGGAGCUCAGCGAGCCAUUCAGAAGGUUGUGGUGAAAUUCCACAGAGAUCGAUCCAAACCAGCUUGCAAGGAUGUGGCUGAAAUAGUAUUCAAGAUUUCACAGAAUCGAAUUGAGGUUACAUACCAACUAGAGGAUGACAGAAUAAUCCCAAAUUUUGACAUCUUCGUAAAACCUCUUAAUCAUGACGACUCUUUCUCAGACAAGAUGGUCUCUAGCUUUCAGGUGGACCCGCAUGCGAAACCCUUUCCAAAACAUUACAUGUACCAGACCCUCAUGGCACUGAUGGAGGAGGAGGAGAACAUCUUAUUCAGUAUCAAGAACUCUGAGAAAGAAGUGAGGGAUAUCCUUGAGGUUAGAGACCAGGAGGAGAACGGCAUUCUGUUUAAGAUCUCCAGUUACGACAUGGCCAGGAACGAGAAAGCACGCUUGCAUGUGGAAAAGAUGAAAAACCUGGCCCGAGAGAAACAACUGAAGGAAGAAUUCGAGGAAGUGGACAUCUUGGCUCCAAACCUGGCUCAGCUUGGAGACCCGGAGAGCUUGACCAAGCAGCUCGCACUGCAGAUCCAUUCAGACUGCCUCAACAGCUUAAAGCAGAGACUCAUAGACAGGGCCAACCUCAUUCAGGCUCGAUUUGAAAAGGAGACUAAGGAGCUCAUGCGGAAACAGCAGUGGUACCAAAAGAACCAGUUCAAGUUGACAAAACAGGACGAGGAAGCGUAUUUAACCUUCUGCUCCGAAGCCAUGUUCAGGAUCAACACUCUGAAGCUGCGCCUCAGACGUCACAAGGACAGAGCACCACAGAAGUAUCAGGAACUGGACAUGAUGCUGAGAAAAGAUCCCAGACUGAUGCAGUACCUGGACUGACCGUUACACGGACACAAAUCAUAAGUUUGGUGUACGCUCCACGUAAACUACCCCCAUUCACCCAAGUAUUCACCUCCAUUUUUCCAGCAGGUUGUUGGUUAGCCUUAUAGCACCAUCUAGUGUCUGGAUAGCUACAAUACAUUAAAAAAAUGUUUUCCCCCUUUGCAUCUAAACACGUUUUGUUCAGACUGGUCUUCUUGGCAAUCUAACCAAGAAACUCCUAGGGCUUGUUUCUCUCUUUCUUUCAUGCAUAAUCAACGCCUGACGUUCAUUCGUGAUCUACGGCUGAUACCUGUAAAUAACAUAACUGUAAAGGGUGAACCAAAUGUCUGAUUACAUUGUGCCUGUGCCCCAUCUGUUGUUAACAUAAUGGCUUGUCUGUAAAGCAAAUCAACUGAUCAAUACACAUGAUGGUCCUUCUGUCCUGUCCAUUUUAAGUUCACCAGUAGGUCCUAACUGUCUAUUGCUUGAAGGCCAUUUGUUACCAGGUAUAAAGUCUGGUCACACAUUCAGUACCUUUGGGUUAAGUUCCAGAAGACACAUGAU